GUUCAUUCCAGAAGUUUAUUAUUGAAGGAUAUUGUGACCUUGAGAAACAUCUCAUGAUUCGUGAAUCCAGAAACUGUUUUAAUGCAUUAAUAAUGUCAGCGACAGCGAGUUACUGUAGAAACAAGACAAAAGAGACACACACACACAUGUUCAGUCUGAUGUCACUCUGUCACGGGUGUUUCUCCGUCGUGUCUGACCGGUUCAAUCGCUUCUGAUCGUGAUGCAUCUGUCAGAUUUCAUCGCCGGUUCUGUCGGAGGAGCUUUUGGAGUGGCGGUGGGCUAUCCUCUAGACACAGUGAAGGUGAGAGUUCAGACUCAGAGACAGUAUUCUGGUGUUUGGGACUGUGUGAAAACCACCUGCAGAACUGAAGGAGUGGGGGGAUUCUACAGAGGCAUGUCGAUGCCCGUCACUACAGUGUCCUUCAGUUCUUCUCUGGUGUUUGGCACAUACAGGAAUGUCCUCCAUUAUCUGCAUCAGAUGCGUCACAGAAACGCAGCACACGCGCAUCAUAAAGCAGAUAUAUUUCUGUCUGGAUUUGCCGGUGGAGUCGCUCAGGUUUCAGUGAUGUCACCUGCAGAUAUAGUGAAAGUUCGUCUUCAGUGUCAAACUGAACCACUUCACCCCAUCAGACCCGACUCGAGACCCAAAUACCGCGGUCCAGUACACUGUGUGUUGAGUAUCGCCCGUGAGGAGGGCGUCCUGGGCCUCUAUAAGGGUUCUGGAGCUUUAGCGCUGCGGGACGGGCCGUCAUUUGCUACUUAUUUUCUCACGUACAACAGCAUCUGUGAUUUACUGUCAUCCGGGAGUCAGCCAGAGUGGCGUGUGGUUCUGUUGGCGGGUGGCGUGUCGGGGAUGUGCGGAUGGGCGAUCGGGACGCCGAUGGACGUGAUUAAAUGUCGUCUGCAGGUGGACGGAGUGAGUAAACGUCGCUACAGAGGAUUCUUUCACUGUAUAACUCACAGCGUGAAGACUGAAGGAGCUGGCGUUCUGUUUAAAGGACUCUCCGUCAACUGCGUUCGAGCUUUUCCAGUCAACAUGUGUGUGUUUGGAAUGUAUGAACUGGUCGUUCGGAUUCUGCGUUCAGCAUCAUAGAUCAGCGCUUCACAUCGCACAACUUAUUCCAUAUCGGACAACAUUUGCAUAUUGCCAAAUAUUUUUAAGGAUCUCCAAUUUCUUAACUAGUAAAACUGUUGAUCACAUCAAUGCUCAACGUUUAUUACUGGAAACAUGUUUGUAAACCUCGUGUGACCCGUGUCCACAUGCGUGGAUGUUGUGUUGGUUUGGAUAUACGCAACACAAACUCAUUUAAACCGACUCUAGACUGCUCAUAAGACCCUAGACUGCUCAUAAGACCCUAGACUGUUCAUAAGACCCUAAACUGUUCAUAAGACCCUAAACUGUUCAUAAGACCCUAGACUGCUCAUAAGACCCUAGACUGUUCAUAAGACCCUAGACUGUUCAUAAGACCCUAAACUGUUCAUAAGACCCUAGACUGCUCAUAAGACCCUAGACUCUUCAUACGACCCUAGACUGUUCAUAACACCCUAGACUCUUCAUACGACCCUAGACUGUUCAUAAGACCCUAAACUGUUCAUAAGACCCUAGACUGUUCAUAACACCCUAGACUCUUCAUACGACCCUAGACUGUUCAUAAGACCCUAGACUGCUCAUAACACCCUAGACUCUUCAUACGACCCUAGACUGUUCAUAAGACCCUAAACUGUUCAUAAGACCCUAGACUGCUCAUAAGACCCUAGACUCUUCAUACGACCCUAGACUGUUCAUAACACCCUAGACUCUUCAUAAGACCCUAGACUGUUCAUAACGACCCUAGACUCUUCAUACGACCCUAGACUGUUCAUACGACCCUAGACUGUUCAUACGACCCUAGACUGUUCAUACGACCCUAGACUGUUCAUACGACCCUAGACUGUUCAUAAGACUCUAGACUGUUCAUAAGACUCUUGACUGUUCAUAAGACCCUAGACUGUUCAUAAGAUCCUAAACUCUUCAUACGACCCUAGACUCUUCAUAAGACUCUUGACUGUUCAUAAGACCCUAGACUGUUCAUACGACGCUAGACUGUUAUUUAAGGGUUAAACGUCUGCCGCCCAGCAGUCACGCGGGUCUCAGGAGGUUAAAGAUGAUCUCAAUUCAGAUGAAACUUCAAUGAUUUAUUAUAUAAUGUGUUCAGUUGCCGUGACUACCUCUAUGAAUAUAAGAUUUCCAUUUCUUGCUUUAGAAACUGAUUAUGCACAAUUGUGUGUUGUGAUGCUGCCCUGAUUAUAUAUUAUUAUAUAUUUGUGCCUCAUCUGAACAGAUCUGAGAGUCCUUGAUUGGUGUAUUCUGCAUGAUAACACUAAUCCUGUGUUUAUAAAUCAUCCUGGUACUGUAAUAAUGAUUGUAUAUAUAUAUAUAUAUAUAUAUAUAGGAGAUAACACACGUUGUGCUGUCGAUCUCAUGGACAAUAAUUCAGAAAGAACUGAAUCUUUUACCUGAAAAGCUUGUGAUGUCACAGUCCUGUAAUUAUUAAAUACAUAAA